AUGGGGCGUAUCUUCCUUGACCACAUCGGCGGAACCCGCCUCUUCUCUUGUGCCAACUGUGACACAAUCCUGACGAAUAGAUCUGAGCUCAUCUCCACGCGAUUCACCGGGGCUACGGGCAGAGCUUUCCUCUUCAAUAAGCCUAUCAAUCAAGCACCUGGCUCCACCCCACAGGUGGUGAACCUCCAGUACAGCGAGGUCCAGGACAGGGUGAUGCUGACCGGCCGGCACAUGGUGAGGGACGUCAGCUGCAAGAACUGCAACAGUAAGCUGGGCUGGAUCUAUGAGUUCGCCACUGAGGACAGCCAGCGGUACAAAGAGGGACGUGUCAUCCUGGAGAGGGCUCUGGUGAGGGAGAGCGAGGGCUUCGAGGAGCAUGUCCCCUCGGACAACUCAUGA